CAAGGGCACAAGGCAGUUCGCAGUUGUCUUGUCUGUCUGCUGCUGCUGUCGCUGCUGUCAGUUGAGUUGUCACAACCUCCCCUAGUCAUUUUUUGCCAAAGUUAUUUUCAAUGAGUGGAUUUUAGUCCAAAUCAAUUGUUGCUGUGGAGAGUGCUCAUUUCAAAGAGAAUGGGUCAAGGGAAAAGUCAAUUUACAGAAGAGGAGCUUCAGGAUUAUCAGGAUUUGACUUAUUUCACCAAAAAGGAAGUUUUGUAUGCACAUCAAAAAUUCAAAGCAUUGGCCCCAGAGAGAGUCGGUCAUAACAAAAAUGCAAAACUUCCUAUGUCAAAAAUCUUAUUAUACCCUGAAUUAAAGGUGAAUCCAUUUGGAGACCGGAUUUGCCAUGCUUUCAGCUCCAGCCACGAUGGAGACUGUACCUUUGAAGAUUUCCUAGACAUGAUGUCGGUGUUUAGUGAUGCAGCACCUAAAAGUGUUAAAGCUGAACAUGCCUUUAGAAUAUUUGAUUUUGAUGGAGAUGAUAUGUUAGGGGAAGCAGACCUUCGGCAAGUGGUUGAGAGACUAACCGGAUCUCAGAGACUUAGCGAGUCUGAUAUGAAGCACUUAAUUCAAAAUAUACUUGAUGAGGCUGAUCUUGAUGAGGAUGGUGCUCUCUCCUUUGCUGAGUUUGAGCACAUCAUAGAUAAAUCAUCAGAUUUUUGCAGCACAUUCCGUAUUCGCCUGUAAAGCUUAUGUGAGAAUGAUGGACUUUUCUCCACCAUGCCAGAAAAUGAUAUCUCUUUCAAAGAUGUAAAGACUGAUGAUGAUCUCCUUCACUAAUUAUACUAUCUGAAGUAAA